UUCCCUCCCACUCCACUGGGCCGCGAGGAAGUCGCAAGAUGGCUGAUGUCGCUUGGAAGUAAUGUUCCCCUCUGCAACAUGAAGCCGUGAGUGUGGAAGAAAGCGAGGGAGGCACCAUCGGGCUUUUAUUUUUAUUUUGUUUUAUUUACUUUUCUUUUAUUUCGUCAAACAUCCAUCUCAUUCCGCGUCGUGUCCGCCCCGGACUUGUCUUCGGGAGUUGACGCGUCAAAUCACGCCGGGGACACUGCCAGCAGCUAACAGUUAGCCACACAGUUAGCAAAUGUUAGUACAGCUAGCCAGCCAGGCAGGGACAUAGCUUGUUAGUUUGUUUUGAUUGAUAUUCGGAAAACCCGCGAGCUAGCGAGCUAUCAGUGCAAAUGUGCGGAAUUCUGCCUGUCAAAUUGUUAAGCUGUCACACAAAUUAAGGAUUUUUGCAAGCUGCUCGACUCAACAUAAUGUCCGCGAACUGGCCAUCCAGCCUGUGAGUUGCUAACGUUAACUAAUGCGCAGUAUUGCAUCCGUUUCAUGUGCACAAAUCGACAGGAAAUUUUAUUUUAUUGGCAUUUUUCACCUAAAUCCACCUCCUUGCUGCAUAUCCGUUAUUUGCUGCCAACGACUUGUUUGGAGCCGGUUAUGUUAAAGCCAAAUUAUGGGAGCAAGAAAUGUGUUGAACUUUUUCUGGUUGUAGGUAGCUACACUGGCCUUGCUGGCAUCUCACCAAAAAUCCACAGGGAUGGACACUAAACUGAGCACCCACGCACAAAACUGAGAAAUAGUCAUUUCUAUAGUACAACGACGAUCGCUGACAUCCGUUUACACUAGUGCACGGUGGAUCAUUUCCCGUGUCCGGGUGACACACGUUCUGCAGGGUUAACUAAAGUACAGUUAGUCACCUCAUCGGAGACCAGUUAGCUUGCCUAAAGUGCACAGCUAGCUACGGUCUCGCCCCACAUCACGUUACAACCACGGCGUACAGAACGUAUUCAGAGCCCGCUCCCGGCCAGACGCACAGGCUCAACAACACCGUCAUGGGAGUGCAGGGUUUUCAAGAGUAUUUAGAGAAGCGGUGUCCCGGCGCCGCAGUCCCGGUGGACCUCCUAAAGCUUGCCCGCACCGCGGCCCGCCAGCCCCCUCACCACCACCACCAUCCACACCACCACCACCCACAUCACCCCGGGCCCAUGCCUCCCCCGCCGCCCCCGCCUGCCAGGAUCCUAAUCGACGCGGACUCCGGCCUGCAACGCCUCUACGGCGGCUACCAGACGGACUGGGUGUGCGGGGGAGAGUGGAACGCCAUGCUGGGCUACCUGGCCGCCCUGUCGCAGGCCUGUCUGUACCAGGGCGGCCUGGAGCUGGUCGUGGUUUUCAACGGCACGCUGGGGAAGGAGCGCUGGCCCGAGUGGGCGCGGCGAGCUCAGGGCCAGCGACAGACCGCGCAGCUGAUAGUCAACCACGUCGGCAGCAAGGCCACCCCGCCUCCCCGGGCAUGGUUCCUGCCCCCGGCCUGCCUCAGCCACUGCGUCCGGCUGGCCAUGUUUCGCUUCCGAGUGCGGGUUGUACAGACUUUGGAGGACCACCACCAAGAAGUGCUGUCUCUCUACCGGGACUUUGGAUUUGCCGGCCUGAUUGCUCAGGAUUCCGAGUUUGCCCUCUGCAACGUGCCCGCCUACUUCUCAUCGCACGCGCUCAAACUUAGCUGGAACGGCAAGAACCUGACCACACACCAGUACCUGCUGUCUGAGGCCGCCAGGCAGCUCGGGCUUAAGACACAGCACCUGCCCUGCUUCGCUGCUCUGCUGGGAAAUCAUAUUCUGCCUGAUGAGGACCUGGCUGCCUUCCACUGGAGUCUGCUGGGACCAGAACACCCACUAGCCUCUCUCAAGGUGCGAGCUCACCAGUUGGUGCUGCCGCCCUGUGAGGUGGUGAUCAAGGCCGUCUCAGAGUACGUCUCCUCCAUCAAAGAUCUCGGCAACCUUGACACCAUCGCCAGAGAUGUCUUCAAACAAUCACAGUCUCGUAUGGAGGACAAAGUGGAGCGAUUCAAGAAAGCUGUGGAUUAUUUCUCAGCUGCCUCCAAACCUCGCUCCCCCAACAUGGGACCCUCUUCGUUUAUCUUGCCUGGCUUUGGAUUUGGGGGACCACCUGGCCACAUGGGACCUAUGCAGCCUGGAAAGAAUCAGUUCCCUCCUCCCCAGGUUCUGGGAUUAAAGCCACCUUAUCAAAAUGCUCCAUAUGGACCUGGCUCCACCCCUCUGUUCCAGAACCCACCGCCACAAUCCCAAGAUUGCAAUGAUUCAAUGACGAGCAAAAUGGGCUUCUCUGAUUGGUCGGCUCCGUAUGAUUCCACCCAGGGGGGAAAUCGAUUACCCAAUCAUCACACCACCACCCAGUCUGUUCCUUCUCCGUCUCCUUCAUCGUCAUCAGAUGGAGAUGAGCCCAACGACAGCAACGCAAACCAUUUGACGGACAAGGCCUCUCGGUGGGAUGAUCCUGCUGGAAGGGUGGUCUUGGCCUCUGGAGAUGGUUCCCAAGGCAACGGGAGCGGAUCACACAUUCCGUCACUGCUGUCUAUGGCGACGCGCAGUCACAUGGACAUAACCACACCCCCUCUGCCUCAGGUCAGUGCUGAGGUUCUUCGAGUAGCUGAGCACAGACACCGAAGAGGACUAAUGUAUCCCCAGAUUUACCACAUUUUGACCAAGGGAGAGAUGAAGAUGCCAGUUUGUAUAGAGGACGAGUGUAACUCUGAGCUGCCUCCUGCCUCUAUGCUGUUCCGUGCCGGCAGACAGUAUGCCUACGGGGUCCUCUUCAGCUUGGCUGAAACGCACCGCCGCCUGGAGAGGCUCGCUCUCCGCAAGAGGGCUCCCCUGGAAGUUCCUCCAGUGAUCGUCAAGGAGUGGAGCAGCGGUAAAGCCAAGUCGGCCCUGACUCCCGAGCUGGUGCCGGCCCUGUGUUUCCGGGAGUGGACCUGCCCCAACCUGCGGCGGCUGUGGUUGGGUCGUGCCAGCGAGGAUCGCUCCAGGAGAACCAGGGCUUUCCUGGCCUGCCUACGCUCCGACUGCCCGGCCCUCCUCAACCCAGCGCAGGUCCCACAGCAUCUGCUGCUCAUGUGCUGUGUGCUCAGGUAUAUGAUGCAGUGGCCUGGAGGAAGGAUCCUGCAGAGACAUGAGCUGGAUGCCUUUCUGGCUCAGGCUGUUUCCAGCCAACUUUAUGAACCCGAUCAGCUACAGGAGCUCAAAGUGGAAAAGGUGGAUUCCCGCGGCGUGCAGCUGGCUUCUCUUUUCAUGGCCGGCGUAGACACAGCGCUGUUCAUCAAUGACGUGUGUGGCCAGCCGUUGCCUUGGGAACACUGCUGCCCCUGGGGCUUCUUUGACGGCAAAUUGUUUCAGAGCAAACUGUCCCGGGCCGCUCGCGACCGGUCCGCCCUGCUUGACAUGUGCGAGGGUCAGGAAGAGCUGGUGUCUAAGGUGGAGAAGAUGCGUCAGGCAAUCCUCGAGGGCAUCAACCUGUCCCGCCCUCCUCCCCCUCCUCCUCUUCCACCUCCCGCCUUCCUUCCGCCAGCCAUGGUGCCCCCUUUCUACCCCAUGCCUCCCCUGUACCCUCCUCGCCCAAUGGGCAUGCCUCAUCACCAUCACCCACAUCAUCCACAUCACCCUGCCCAACACAGACCCAGAGCCUUCCCAGGCCUUCAGUCAAUCCCCCCUCAGGGAGGGAAACUGGAGAUAGCUGGAAUGGUGGUCGGCCAGUGGGCGGGAAACAAACCAGUCCGUGGACGAGGAGGUUUCAACAUGCAGGUGGUGUCUGUCGGAGCAGGGAGAGGGAGGGGCAAAGAGAUUCCAGCUAAAGUAAGGCCAGUGAAAAAGGCACCUACCAACAGAUCACAGACGUCGCCACCCCCCCCAUCCAGCAGUCCCCCAAUUCCCUCAGAGGAGGCGGCCUCCAUGCCGGAGGUUACAACCCAGCAGCUGAACGGCGGCUCAGCGGCCCCCGACAUCGGCCAGCCCUUGGAUCUGGCCGCCCUGGCCCAGCCAAUCCCGUGUGCCUUAGCCAGCAGAGACAUCCAAUCAGAGGGGGUGGAGGUGGAGACCCCCUGUUGCCUUGACGACUGUCCGUCAGACGGAGUGCUACAGAAGGAGGAGUGAUGGGAGCCUCCCCCGGGAUGCGCUGCUCUGAGAGAGUCCUCUGUGUUUGACUGCCUUUCCCUGUUUUUGUAGCCCCGCCUGCGAGCUGUGCACGUCAUCACCUGGAGCAGGAGGCAAGGUGAGGCUCCUCCUCGCGCUCCCUGCUGCUCCAAGUGAUUAAGCAGCUAGCUGUUACUUCCUUUUUAGUUUUCUUAUGUGGUUUUACAUUGUUUUAUGAAGAGAGGUUUAUCUCCAUGAGUCUGUAAGCACCCGCGCACCCUCCUCAACUCUUCCUUGGCCCCCCGCACUCAAGAGUAAAAUAAGCUUGGAGCCCCACCCGCAUUACAACCCAAAACUUAAAAGAGCCCCCCCAAACAUCCCAUCAUAAGUAAGGGUAUCUGUCAAGGUAAAACGUCUUAUUUUGUGUUAUUAAUGGUCCCAUUGUUUGAAUCUCGGCACAUAGAUGUAAAGCUAGCGGCUUCGGUGACAGAUGUGGUCUCCACUGUCGGCCGGGUUGCCAUGGUUGGUAGCUGUGUGUUGAUGCGGUCCGUUGCCAUAGCCGUCUCGUGUGAGGUUUGUCUUACAUGGAUUCAGAGUGAUGUUCCAAGUUUGAGUCUGGUUAGCGCGAGGAAGAUUUCAACAAAGUGAUAUACCAUUAUUUUGUGCAGUGACCCUAAUCCCCCCCAGCCUCUGUAGUCCAGUAUCACUGCUAAACACAUUUACUAGUAAAAUACGCCUUUAUUGAUUAAUUGGUUAUUUAUCACAGGAGCACUUCUGCACCAACAUGCUAUUAGUGUGCGAUCUUAUUUUGACCAAUGUAGCGUAGCCUAGAGUUUAGCUGUAAACCCAUGCAUUUAUGCACCUUAAGCCCUAAAUUAUGCAAGAUUAUUACCCUGCUCCUCCGAAAAAAAGUAAAUUAUUAUAUUAUCCCCCCCCCUCCCUGUUGUCCCUUUUCCCAAAGCUUUGAUUGUAUUGCCCCAACAGAAGCACUUAAUGUUGUAUUUAAAUAUAAUGAAUUUGAACUGGCCCCUACAUACAGAUGCAUCGACAGUCUGAGAGGGGAGUCCCCUGCGCCCGAGUAAAUCAUUAUGACAUGUAGAACUACAUUUAACGGUAGAGAUCUAUUUGAGAGACGUCAGAAUGUGAACUGAGUGGUUUCAGACAAAGAUGCACUUUGUUUAAAAAAAAAAAACGUACAUGUUAAACCACACUGGACAGUCUUCUACCAGGUGAUAGAGAAAUAGAAAACACUCUUGAAGCACCUUCUGGAGUUAAGGCCAAAUAAUACUCCCCAACAAAAGAUGGAAAUGAAUGGGGAGAAUUUCUGCUGCCAGGCAGACCCCCCCCCUCCCCCCCCUCCCACUCCCACUCCCAGACUGGCCUCACUCGUUCAGUCAUGACCGUUGCAAAGAAGCUUAAAGGACCCUUGAUUCUCCACACCAAGAACUCUGGGCAAUCUUUUUUGCGUUUCUAAUGUUAUUUCCAAAGUCUAUUUUUAAAAAAGGCUCGCCGAUUUGAGGCAGCCAGCGAUAUAAAAGGGGGUGUGGCGAGUACGCCUCAGAUCACCCCCGCCCCACUCACGAGUGGUGAUUUGAGUAACGGUUGUCGUGACGACAGCCCAACGCCACGAGCCGCUGCCCCGCAGAGCUCUGGCGUGUCACUUUAGACCAGCAGGAAGCACUUCCCUGCCCUGAAGUCCCUCCGCCGAACGGAGGCGGAGGCUUCACAGGUCACAUGUCACAUGACGGGAGAGAAAGAGAGAGAGAGAGAGGGGGAGGCCUCAUGGCGGACCCAAGUGUGCCGCUCACAAUCUGAGACACUCUAAGGUAAUUAAUGUUUUAUUAUAGCACUUAUGUUUGUAGAGAAUGAGAUGUGUCCCCCAACAGUAGGUUUCAUCUGACUACGGAAAUACAACUUUCCAAUUGCCGGCAGCACAACCGCAGACGUAGAAGCAGCGGACUGACAGACGCUGCCUUUGAGUCUCUAUAUGCCUUCUACGGGAGGAUGAAAUAAGCGCACCAUGUUAAAAGGAAACAACGGCAAGUCAACAAAGAAGCACCUUAUUUUCUUACUAUGUUGAUGACUUGUGCUCUAUCGAGUGCCACAAAAUUGACAUGGAAAAAAGAAAAAAGAAAAGCUCUAACGAAAUGCCGCUUUGAAGGAAAGAAGCGUGACUAUAUAGAUAUGCGAGUAUUGGUGUAGUCGCGUCGGACAUCCCCUCGAUUCUGAACUCAAACCAUGACAGUCGACCCCGCCCUGAGCGUAGGCCUACGCUCGCCAUCACGGGGCCGCGCCGCCGUCUCUUGCACCCACACCAAGCGAAAACCAGAGGUCUGGACUGACUUGUUAGCCGUUAUCGGUAGGGAUUAAGCAUACCAGUGCUGUAGGUGUUCGUAGGUUAAGAGUAGGCAACAGCGUCAGGCCUAACAGGAUACAGACACAAUGACUAGGCUAGAGAAUAUAGCUCCACUGGCCAAGAUACGAAGUCUAGAAUUACUAGGAGUCAUAUACUUAACUGCUUUCAACUUUUGACAUUAGUACAAAUAUGUGUAUCGCAACAGUACAUUGUUAGAAGAUGUCUUCUCCGUGGCGAGCCGGAGUGUGAUCUGGGAUACGAUGCCCUCUCGAUUCGCUCGCCAGAUAACCUUUACAAAUACACUCAUACAAGACACACACACACACACACACAACACACACACACCAAAACACGUAUUCAGUUGCAUUUGUUACCACCAGCAUUCUCUCUGCUUUUGUGCUGAAGUGAUUUUGUGCAGUUCCAGUUCCCAGUGGAGUGGUCGUCGGUUCACCAGAGAUCAUUUUUGGUAACACAUUCUACUGAUUCCCCCGCAAUCCCUCUAAAAACACCCCACAUAUUCAAGUUUUCAUGGAUUUAAAAUACACGUUAAAAGAUGAAAGGUAGGCACAGAAACACACAGCGCACACACAAGACAUUAACACAUGGCUCUCACACACACAGAUACAUAGAUGUUAAACCCUGAGUUACACGGUAGCUAGUACGGAAGAAAAAAAAAUUCAACACAAUACAUGAUGUAAUGUCCCUCUCUCGUCCUUGUCUGUUUUAGUUUUGAUAGAUAUUUGAUCAGUGAUUUUUACGCUUGUUCUCCUUCCCCCUGCUAUGACACUUUUUCUCCACCCUCCCUCCUCCAAAUGUCCAUUCCCGUCUUUUGAUCCCCAUAAUCGUACUCCUAGAAUACAUGCAUUCACACACACACACACACACACACACACAUUCACCACGCCCAGUGAUUCCUAUUAAAACAGUCCCGUACACAUUCACAGGUUAACCCUCCCGUCACUUAGUGUAUUUUAGUUCUUCACGCUCCCUCUCUGCCUCUCCUUUUAGCCCUUCUAGGACCGUUUCUAUUGGCCGUUUUUUCUCUUUCUCUUUGGGCUGCCCCGCCCCUUAAUCAACCCAACUAACAGUAAAGAUUAUAUUAACGUUGAUAAUCAGUUUCUGUAUGUAUCUAGCCAGAGUCUGGAAAAAAAUCUGAAGAAAAAAAAAAUCAAAACGGUUUUAUUCAAUUGUGCAAAUGUGUUUUUCUUACUAUUUUUAAUGUUAUUACAUAAUCUAAUCCUUCUACCAUUGCUUCAGUUAGUACUGAAAUACGCUUAGCCAACCUAGAGAUUUGAACUGUAAUGAUCGCGAUUUUCCUUACCUGUAUUUUAUAUGGCAUCUUUAAACCACCAUUUAUUAUGUACGUAGGUAAAUAUUGCCCGUUCGAAGUGAAAAUUGUUGUCUGCACUAUGUUACGGUUUUCAUAAUAUCCCUGAAGACAAUUUCACGGUCGACUCAUUAUCAAUCUGAGCUGAACUCGGCGCCCUUGCACACAGCGGCAAAAACAUCUCUUGUAAACACCUGAGAACCAAAGUACCCCUCGCGUCUACCCCCAAUAAAGCCCCCAGGAAUCCCCCUCCCCAUAUAUAUAUAUAUAAAAUGGCCUUGCCGCAUGUGUGAUUUAUCCGACAAAGGUGAGGUUUCUUGUAUUUUUAAGUGGGGAGACAGACGAACAGGGAAAUAAGGGAGCGCGUUUGUGUUGACUGAGUGAGCGAGUAGGCAGAUUUGUGACGUGUGACCAAGUGUUUAGGCAUUGUGGGUAGAUUCCCCAGCUCCUGCUCACAUUCGGUGGUACCUUCCUUCCGGGCUGAAUUCAGUCCGCGUGAACCACUGCACGCGCUCAGAUCGACACUUAACGCACGUGAAGGGGCUUUUGCUGCACUCUUUGAGUAAUUGUUGUGAUCUCUGAAACUGGUCUUUUACGUCCCAGACUGAUUGAUGGAGCAACUCAUUGCUUCUUCAUCCGUGGGCAUGGAGGCUGCUCGAGGUGGAUGAAUAAUCCUCAAAACACAAAUCUGAGAUUAGUUGACGUCCUGACAGAUGUCACAGUGCAAGCAAGAAAUAAUUCACUUGGACAAUUAACUGAUUUUAGCAGUACAGUACAUGAAGAUCUGAGAGAAUUUGUCAACUAACAAAUUAUUCAAUAGAAAGUAAAACAACCACAAAAUCAAAAACAUGACUUCUGGAAAUGUUGAUUGGCAUUUGUUUAGUCAACAUAUUAUAAUCUUAUCGCUUUUAGCGGUAUUUUACGAUUCAUAAAAAUGUAUUUCCAGUUUCUUGUCUUGUAUAAAUCUCAGCUGAAGUGUCUUGAGGAACAGUUCAACUUCUCUCUGACUAAUGAAAUGAUAAGUUACAAUAAAAGCCUCCUGCCUCACUUCCUACGCAUUGGGACUGCCUGUCAGGAGCUCGACAAUGCUAAAGAGACCCAAAAGUCCCAGAAUAGAAGUGUCCUUUGUUGGGUUGUGGAAGUCAAACAGUAUUAUUGUCUGUCAUACAGAAUGUGGAAAGGAGUCAUCAGUUGUCUUGUACCUGGUCUGAUAGAUUUGCAGGAUUUUCACAGCAUUUAGUCAAAUUUGAAUAAAAGUCCCUGUUCUGUCUGUCUUUCUCUGCACUGCCACCCGCCCCCUCAACAGCCCCACAAACUCCAGUAUAAUACCCCUCUCCCCCCUUCCUCCCUCCCAACCCUCCAAUGGCCGAGUCCCAGUAAGGGGCUCCAGUUGAUUGCUAUGGGCUUUGUCUUGUUAUGUUGGUCAACCGCUCAGCCACAAGUGUACUGAUUCACAUACUUCAGUACCUAGGGCCAUCCUGAACUACCCGUGCAGCAAAAAGGGUUCAAAUUGAUCCAUAAUACUAUUGUUAUAGAACUAUUUCAUUAUUGCUUUUAUAAUUUAUGGUUGGUAUAAUUCGUCAUCAUUGUUAGCAUUAUGGAAGCACCGGGACUGUUUGUGGAAAGACAAGAGAAAAAAAGCCUUUUGUUUUUGUUUUUAAUUUGUCUGGCUGUUGGUGGUCUGAUCUCACAGAGGGAGGGGAGGAAUGGUUCAGAAAGAGACAAAGAUGGCAGUCAUGUUUGUACUGGUUGGGAAAUGACUUACAGUGCUGAAAUAAAAUUUAUUCUUUUAGUAAAAAAAGUA